GAAGUUGACGGCAGAUGACGCUCGGAUUCACAGAUAACAUCAAUUUCAAAUAUUCAGCCCUUAUUGAAGCGGUUACUGUGGAAGUGGAAAAUUAUGUGCUCUUCAUAGUGUCGAUAGUAUUUAUACAGGGCUGAAACGGGUUAUGCAUACUACAUGAAAUGCAUGGUGUAGGGAGAGGUUUAUAAUUUGUACUGAGUUCGCUACACCACGUUCGGCCCAGAAAAUGUGUGAGUUUGAAGCUGCUGUGUUGAUUGGCCCAGACGUUUGUGAUUAUCCAAAAAUUCAUCUCAGUCAUUCAGACUUUAUUGUUGGUCGUGGCAAAACAUCGUCAUUCCUAAUCUCCAAUCUUAUGAUUUCAAAAACUCACUGCAUUUUUCAGAGGAAGGAUGGGAUAUGGACGGUGUGUGAUAAGAGUACAUUUGGAACAUAUGUGAAUAAUAAGAGGCUGGAGAGAGAUAAACCAUCUCUGAUAAAAGAUGGUGAUACGAUUGCAUUUGACAAUGGCAGUCAUUUUAAGUAUGUGUUCUUUACAAAAGAUGUCUCCACAAAUUCUACAAAGAAAAUCAGACUGGAUGAAAAUUUUGGUUUAGAAGACUGGAAACUGGAGCAUGAGAGGUGGCACCCGGAGGAGAACAGAGGGCGGCAAGAUAGGCUGGAGUCGGGGAACAAUGAGCGGGAAAAGAUUUUGCAAGAGAAAUUAGAGUUGAAACAACAGUGUGAAGAAUGGAGAAUUGCUGAGGGAAAACUUCUACAAGAAAAACAGUUGUUAGAAGAAAAGUUGAAAGAAAUGCAAAACCUUUUGGCAAAAAAGGACAGGGCUCAAGAGAUGUUGAACAAACAACUGCAAGAGAAAGAGGAACAGAGAUUGAGAGAUUUGGAACAGAAAGAUGCACAGACUAAAAUCAUGCUGGAAGAGCUUGUAAAAGAAGUCACAGAAAAGGAAUUUGUUAUUAAAGUUCAGCUGGCAAGAGAAAUUCAGAGUCUACAAGACGAAAAACUCAAAAUAGAGAAUGAUAUAAGAGGAACAUUGUCUAGAAAAGAGGGAGAAUCAGCUGAGAAACUGAAACGAUUGCAGGAAGAACUUCAGAAAGUGAAAACAGAUCUGUCUAAUACUGAAGGGAAGAUGAAGUACCUUGAAAAAGAACUGGAACGUACUACAAAGGCUAAAGAAGUUGCAUCUGAAUCGUGUCUCAUGGCAAAGCAGGAUGUACUCACAAAUUUUGGAGAGCUGGUAGAAACAGAAUUGCAGUGUAGUAUCUGCAGUGAGCUUCUUGUUUCAGCCACAACACUGAACUGCACUCAUACUUUCUGCCAUUAUUGCAUUGUUCAAUGGAUGAAGAAGAAGAACACUUGUCCCAUCUGUCGAAAAUGUAUCAGAUCUCAAAAUAAGUCCAUUGUCGUGGAUAACUUUAUAGACAAAAUGGUUGAAAAUUUGUCAAUGGAGCUGAAGAACCGGAGACAAGAGAUUGUUGAAGAGAGGCAAAUUCAAGAAUUGCUGGGCUCCAAACCGAAAGGAGCUCCUUCUCGUGAGACACGGAGACGAGGCCGAAGUGCCACAUCUGCUGGUAGUUUGGAACAACACAGUCCAAAUAACAGCAGUGUUAUCUACAUCAGCAGUACAAGCUCCAGUGACACAGAAUCUGAGAUGUCAAGCUCAUAUGAAUCAGAAUAAUUGAGCAAUCGUGAUUUCAUCAUUCAAGGAAGACAAGGCCAUGAUCCAGAGGGUGCCCUAACUGCUGACUUGUAAGGAAAUGCUAGGUAUCAAAUGUAAAGCCAUCCCAUGCUUAACUGUGCCGACCAGCAGUUUUCUUGUUACAUGUUCCAACCUUACAGGGAUUCUUAAUAAUGAUGCUUUCGUAAAUAACAGCAUCCAAAGCUCAGAAUGAUACAGUUCACAAUUUAAUUGUUUGGAUAGGUUUUUUCUUUCACACUGAGCUAAUAUAUUUAUGCCUCACUUUUACUAACAUAUAUUACCCAUGUUACAUUCAUACAAUAGGCUGUAUAAAAUUUACAGAGCUUGCAGUAAUCAUAUUCACAUUUAUAAGCUCAGUGGGUGUGCUGAAUCUCAAAAGUACAAUCAGCACAAGAUGUUCUACAUACACCCACAAAGCAAACCUGCAUGUUGCGGGUCAACCCAACUUGACAGGAUGAGCAUCCAACUUCAGAUGCAUGAGCUCAUAAUUAUAAUCAGUAUAUAUACAGAUUGACUGCUAUCCUAUCGCCUGUGUCCUGCUUCUGUAGCAGUGAAAGACAGAGCAAACAGCUGCCAAUGAAUGACCAUUCUUCAUAUGCAACUUAUGCUCCCAGAUGAAAAUGAUAUCCAUAAUGAGAUGAUAAAGCAUCUCGCCUAUUUCUAGCCUCAGCAUCAAUUUGAAGAGAAUGGUGGCUUCACACUCAGCCAUGUUUACCACCCUAACAAAAGGCCCUUUGUAUACUGCACCCACUCUAGGAAGGAGGGUGUGUUAUCAUUGAUUAGCGAUGCAGAUAGUCAUGUUAUCAUUAAAAAGUUGCAAUAUUCUAUUUUAAGCAUACAUUUGGUAUUCGUGUGUGGUGAGAACUUCAGACAUAUCUUCCAUAAGGUUGCCUAAACAAGGUAUGAUAUACCCUGGUUCAUAGUGUGGGUGGACUUUGCCCAGUGACCAGGUUGGUGGAUGGAUCCAAAGCAACUGUGGACAUGGUGAUGAAGAGACAUUUCCCAGCUACUGUACUAAUGAUACAAUGAUCAUUCAGACCAUAGCCAAUCAACACAUCAUUUCAUCAAUUAAUGUAGGAUCAUGAAAUUUUUAUAUGUUAACAGAGGUGUUAAAAUGUAGUACAGAAUUAAAUACAGCAUGGUAAUUGCAUACUAAAAUACAAAUUUUAUGACAGUAAUGUACCAUUGUAGCUGGGCAAAUAAAGAUCUUGCAAAUA